AUGGCCAAUCUUUCCUGCACAUUUAACCACAGUAGCGACAUCAUUGUUGGUGUGAUUCCGGGUGAUUUCAACGGCGAUGCAAUGAUGGAUGUGAUGGUCGUGACGCAAAUCAGUCCAGAUGCUCCACAGCGAUUCAAUAUUUGGAUUUUCAAAGGCGAUAGGGCCACUCUUGAAUGCAAUACGGCAAAAGCACCCUUGUUGAAAGAAGUGAGAUCUCAUCCGUUAAUUUUGGACUACAACGGCGACAUGAUUGCUGAUUUUAUUGUCGAAACGGAAAAUUGUACUCGAGAGCUGUGGACAUACAACAACAAACAGUUCACCAAAGACUGUCCAUCUUCACUUCAGCUGCCCGGCAAUCCUGGGAACAUGCGUUUCCCUCACUCUAAUGCUUUUGUCAACAUUCAAAAUUGCAAUGACGGCAUAGAAGUGGACAAUUUCAGCACAGAUAUAUUUAUUUCUGGGAAAACGAAGAUGGAGUACUGGUUUGAUGAAGGUGGAUGGAGUCCGGCUAGCACUGCCAUAAUUUCAUAUCCUGACCAAGAAAAAUACAUUUUAGGCCAAUCUCUAUUUAUUGAUCUCCAAACGGAUGGCUGCAUUCAACACAUUAUGCCAGUGUGUGAGAAACAACGAUGGUCAAGUAUCUGUGACCCUCAAAUUCUCUGGUACAAUUUUGCUAUGAAAGAUUGGGUGAAAAUUUCCAAUUUCGAUGACAAAACUUCCAAUCAAACUUAUUUGUAUUUUGAAGAAAUCAAAACUGCUUAUGGUUUUGAACUGCCCAUUUCAGUUCGUUUCGGAGACGUGGACGGCGACGGAUUUGUUGAUCUUCUUUCAGUGAUGAAAAGCACCAAGGAUAGCAAGACCAGAGCAGUAAUUCUAAGAAAUAUCAAAGAUGACUCUCUGCCCGGUGGAAGAAAGUUUGAUCUGUUUUGGACUAGUGAGCAUCUCAUCAGCGAUAACGUGGAAUUGGCUUCAUUUUUAGAUGUUCAGGAAAAUGGACGUUUGGAUGUGAUCAUGACAACACGAAAUGCUACUGACGGUUACAACAUUAUCUGGAUUCGAAACAUGCUCAUUGAAACGUCUUGCUUUCUCAAAGUUCUCGUCACUACCGGUUUGUGCGGGAGCGGUGGUUGCCCUGGAGAAAAGGUGCCUUAUGGAACUAAUCAAGCCGGCCUUUUUGUAUGCUACGAAACGUCAGACAUGGAUGGCAAACCAGUGAAAGGAUGCUCGACACAGCUUUCUCAAAGUGCACACUUCGCCCUUCAAAUGCCCUACUCAGUUUUUGGUUUGGGUGAGACGCCGAAUUUCGUUGAGAGCGUCCAAGCGAGUAUUCCCAGUGGCGAUAUGAAAACAGUGAGAAAAGCUCGAUGGACUCAAAUUGUUCCCGACGCACAAGUUGUCCUCAUUCCCUACCCUCCCAAUGAAACUACUUACUGGAUUUGCAAACUCUUCUACACCCCCAGUAGCAUUGUCUUCUCAACACUGGCUACCUUGGGGGUGCUUUGUGUUGUUCUUGUGCUCAUCAUUCUCAUACUCCAUCGAAAAGAGGUUCUCGAAGAUUUAGCAGAACACGAAGAGUACAAGCGGCACUGGCCUGAAAGUCGUUGA